AUGGCCCCUAUACGGAGUAGCCAUGCCAACAUGUUCCGCCUGGGCACCGAGAACUCUUAUUUAUUAGUUAGCGCACUCAGCCUGGUUUCGAUUCCCGGCUCUUCCCUUCGUAGCCGUACAGGGGCGCGUCCAGCACGCCGCUACUCGCCCCGCGCCUCAUAUCUGGCAAUUCUUAAGUUGGUGAUAUUAGUGGUAAUGAUGAACAAUAAGAAUGAACUUCUCAUGCUACUUUUGCUAAGCCACAGCAAAGUUAUGCGGAACUAUCCAACAGCCACAGAAAAGAUGCGGUAUCGCUCACGACCUCAGGGAUUUCGCUGGAGCCUAUGGAAGGACCUGUGGCACAACAACCUUCCCGAUCUCAAGACCACCAAAGAGAUUUCUCCGACGACAAUAUUCGUCGCUAUUGAUACCGAACCAUGGCGGGGUCAAGCCGGGACAAAUUCCACUGAUGAAGCAGCGUCUCAGAUUGGCAUAGCCUUACUUGCCCCCCGGGCAGAUCACGCAGGAAAGAUCGAUGAGCCGCCUCAGACUCUUGAGGAAGCUCAGCAACGAUUUCAUAUCUCCUCACAUUCCAUCCGCAUCAAUGGUCGAGAGCGGCUGGGGUUGGGGGAAAUUUUUUGGAAUGGUGGCGACGAAAAUGUUACGUUUGUUGGCCCAGAUGAAGUAGAGGACACCGUCCUCAACCUUGUCCAUACUUUUCAGCAACAAAUGUGCUCAUCUCUCGGCAAACCUCUAAAGCUUACUCUCGUCGGGUUUGACCUAUUUCACGAAUUUCGUAUUCUGUCCCGUCACUACACGCGGAUCCUUGACUGCUUCACUUCAUGGGUUGAUGUCCAGGAGCUUGCCAAAGAACUCAUGCCAGAUACCAGCCAGGCACCAAGCUUGCGAAAUACUCUGAUCGGCGUCGGAUACGAACCCAUUUUCCCGACCAAGCCGGCGAGCUGCGAUGGCCACGAUGCAGGGAAUGAUGCUAUGCGUUGCAUGUCAGUUCUUGGCACGCUCUUGCACUACUCACCGCCAGGUGAAGAUUUGGCUCGGGCUCACUCGGAAUAUCACGCGAAACGCUGCCGUGGAAGGGCAAGGGCGCAGCGCGCAAAGGUCAAUAUGCAGAUACGUGACUUGUUUUCCAAGGAAUGCCCUUGGCCCAUAGAGAAAUAUCCAUUCCGAGCAAAGGUCGACUUGCCAGGAACCUACAUUACGAGAUGGCAAGACCCGGCGGUGUUGUGCGGAUAUUUUCUCAAAUACAAACCUGUGGCGGCAGGUGGCAAUAAAACAAAGACAUUUGGGGGCUGGAUCUGCUUCGCGAGCCUGGAGGAGCUGGAGCUGUUCUUAAGAGAGGUUGACGGGAUGGAGGAUGUAGAGGGAAGGGGAACUUGGCUCGCAAAAACACUGUAUAACCCAAAUUUAGUCCCGGCGGUCACAAAGGCGGAGCUGGACGAAUACCUACGGGAGAAGGCAGUCGCCGAGAUUGCCGAAAAACGGCGAAUUCGACAGGAGAAGAAGCAAAGGGAGGAGAUAUACGGAUAG